AGGCGCGCGAUGUCCAUGUGUACACUCUCACUCCGCACUGCUUUUCUGAUGAUCCGAUAGUUGUAAAAGCCACCACUAGUCGCCCCCAGUGCUCUUGCAGUCUCUCGCAGUCUCCAAUUUUUCUUUCUCACUGUAGACUUAACGUCACGUCCGCACUUGAACUUGAAUUUUAUCCCAUUGUACAGAGGCAGACCCAGCCACAGAGAGACAGAGAGCUCCCGGAGAAGCAGGACUCCGCCAUCUUCAUAGUGAAAGAAAAGAAAAAAAGGCAGGUCUUGUUCUAUUUUGAAAGGGGGUGGCAGUGUGUGUCCCCGGUCUCCUCAGUGCCGUACAAGGGGAGCCAGUGUAAAGAGUUGGAGAGAGUGAAAAGUAUCUGGCAUUCCAUACUCUAGGGUAGUGCCAGUGUACAGAAAGAAGAGGUGCCCAUCGCUUGGCAAACCCAAGUGCCGAGAGGACGUUGGAUUCUUUUUUUCCAUUUUAUUGUGAAUUGUUUUAUUUUUUUCUUUAAGAAACAAGCAAAAGCAACAUUAAACCCAACCAAACACCUGAACCACUGACUUGGCGAACAGUGGUGUUCACCGUACCCCAGCUGUCAAAGCACUGCACAGGGCAUCGUGUUUUGAUUGUCCAGAGAGAUAAAGAGACACUCGGAGUGGUUUGCUCGUAACUGUCAUUCAGAGGCGUGAAACAUCAAGGAUAUUUCCAGCUUUUUGUGCCGGCCAGAGUCACUCGCCAUGCACCUUUGCCAGAUGGUGUGACUGAAAGAACAUUGGAGGUGAAGCCGGGCUGCCUUAGGUCUGGUCAUCGGGAAGACUUGAGUGGACUUCAAGGCUAAGUGCUAAGACUCACGGUUUUUUCGUUGCUUUUCCUUUUUCUUAGUUUUUUUUUUAAACAAGGGACCACUAUAAAGUCUGACUAAACCGGCGAUCCAAGCAACUGACCAGAAGCAGGUCCAAGGAAAAGUUACUGAAGGAAAAACGAACGAAGAAAAGGGGGAAGCGAACAGAUCCUUCUGAGUGCAGGUCUCCGGGCGAUGCGUGUGUAAAUGCCAGGGCAAUGUCCCGUCGCAAGCAGGGAAACCCACAACACUUGUCUCAAAGGGAAAUAAUAACACCGGUAACCGACCAUGUGGAUGUGGGACUGGCGGUGGCCGAGGCCCAUCCCUCGCUGGACGCCACCAUCUCCGGCGCCCUGUCGGGCGGCUUGGGUGACCACGACCUGCUCACCUGCGGUCAGUGCCAGAUGAACUUCCCCCUGGGGGACAUUCUGAUUUUUAUCGAGCACAAGAAGAAGCAGUGCCAGGGCCUCAUGGGCGGGCCCGGCUGCUAUGACAAGAUGGUGGACCGCAGCAGCCCUUCGCCGCCGCGCCCUGAGCUUAGGAAAGUGGUGGAACCGGUCGAAAUCGGAAUCCAGGUGACACCUGAGGAGGAGGACGAGAGACUGUUGACGCCCACAAAAGGAAUUUGCCCCAAGCAAGAGAGCGUCCCGGCAGGUAGAGACGAACCUUCUAGUUACAUAUGCACAACUUGCAAGCAGCCGUUUACCAGCGCCUGGUUCCUCCUCCAGCAUGCCCAAAACACACAUGGGAUCCGUAUCUACCUGGAGACCAACCCCUCCAGCAGCUCGCUGACGCCCCGAAUCACCAUCCCUCCCCCGAUGGGACCCGAGUCCAUACCCCAGUCCACUCUCACCAACUUCCUGGGGGACAACAACCCUUUCCAUCUCCUUCGAAUGACUGGACCCCUCCUCCGAGAGCCGCCGGGGUUCGUGGAGAACCGGCUGCCCAGCACCCCACCCUUCGUCAGCCCGCCACCCCGCCACCACCUGGACCCCCACCGCCUGGACCGCCUUAGUGCCGAGGAAAUGGGUUUAAUCUCCCAGCAUCCCAGUGCCUUCGAGAGAGUGAUGCGCCUGACGCCCAUGGCAAUAGAGUCCCAGUCGAUGGAUUUUUCCCGCCGACUCCGGGAGCUGGCCGGGAACAACUCCACUCCCCCGCUGUCUCCGAGUCGCGCCAACCCUAUGCACCGUCUCCUCAACCCCAACCCCUUCCAGCCCAGCCCCAAGUCUCCCUUUCUCAGCACCCCCCCGCUGCCGCCCAUGCCGCCCAACAGCACCACCCCUCCCCAGCCCCAGGCCAAGAGCAAGUCCUGUGAAUUCUGCGGGAAAACCUUCAAGUUUCAGAGCAACUUGGUGGUGCACCGGCGGAGCCACACGGGCGAGAAGCCCUACAAAUGCCAGCUGUGUGACCACGCCUGCUCCCAAGCCAGCAAGCUGAAGAGGCACAUGAAGACGCACAUGCACAAGUCCGGCUCCAUGACCGGCCGGUCCGACGACGGCCUGUCUGCCACCAGCUCUCCGGAGCCGGGGACCAGCGACAUCAUGGGGGAAGGAAUGAAAAACAGAGACGGGGAUUUCAGGGGCGAAGGCAUGGGACCAGACAAUGAGGAAGAGGAGGAGGAAGAGGAGGAAGAGGAACUGGAGAACGAGAGCAGGCCGGAGUCAAACUUCAGCAUGGACUCUGAGUUCAGCCGCAAUCGGGAGAACGGCUCCAAACCGCCACCCGACGAGAAGUCACUCUCCUUAGGCAAGAUUGUAGAAAAUGUAGGUCUAAGCACUAUACAGCAGUACAAUAACUUGAUAGUUGACAAUCGGAAAAGGCUCCCCUACUCCAAGAGGAGCUCAGACGGGCAGCGGGACACGGGGGACGAUGACUCUGUGGUGGGAGAGAUGGAGCCGGUGCAGCAGGCGACUGUAAACGGAAGGAAUUGUGGCUCAGGUGACUCUUUCUCAGGCCUGUUCCCUCGAAAGCCCACCCCCAUCACCAGCCCCAGUUUGUCCAACUCCUCAGCUAAGAGGAUCAAGAUCGAGAAAGACCUGGAGAUGCCUCCUGCUCCCCUUAUCCCGUCUGAGAACGUUUAUUCCCAGUGGCUGGUCGGCUAUGCAGCGUCGCGGCACUUCAUCAAAGACCCCUUCCUGGGGUUCACCGAUUCCAGACAAUCUCCCUUCGCCACGUCCUCUGAGCACUCCUCGGAGAACGGCAGCCUUCGCUUCUCCACUCCGCCCGGGGACAUGCUGGACGGGGGGCUCUCGGGCCGCAGCGGGACGGCCAGCGGCGGCAGCACCCCCCACCUGGGAGGUGGUCCCGGGCCGGGCCGGCCCAGCUCCAAGGACAGCCGGAGGAGCGACACCUGCGAGUUCUGCGGGAAGGUCUUCAAGAACUGCAGCAACCUGACGGUCCACCGGCGCAGCCACACGGGAGAGCGCCCCUACAAGUGCGAGCUGUGCAACUACGCCUGCGCCCAGAGCAGCAAGCUCACCCGCCACAUGAAGACACACGGCCAGCUCGGUAAGGAAGUGUACCGCUGCGACAUUUGCCAAAUGCCCUUCAGCGUGUACAGUACCCUUGAGAAACACAUGAAAAAGUGGCAUGGAGAACAUUUGAUGACGAACGAGGUAAAAAUUGAACAAGCAGAGAGAAGCUAAACCAGUUCCCUAAUCCUCCUCGCCACUUCUCGAAUAAAGUGGGUAGCUGGAUAUUCUUUUUCCUAAAUAUUGAUUUUGGGUUAAUUUUAUGUUUUGCCUAAGAAACUGCCACCUGAGAAAAAAAAAACAGCAAAAAAGAAAGAAAAUACAGUAACAGGAAAUUAAAAUUAAAGCCGGCCUAAACUGCCUCAUUUGGCAUUGCAUUUUUAAACAAUCUAUCAGAGGAUGAAUUAAGCAGUAACUUACUUGGAGCCUUUUAACUGUGCAAUAAUUUCUGUAUUUAUUGGAUUUUUGUAAUAUUUUGGCAUGUGCAGGUACAUUUUUAUUUCUUCAUUUUCUUUGUUUUAUUUUUAAUUUUAAUGGCUGGGAUUUUAGUUCUUAAACCCAGAGGAUAUCCUGAGAUUUUUUUAGUGAAACAAUACAAUUGUUAUAAAAUAAUCUUUAGGCCGCUGCUUCUAGACAAUUGUAUAUUUAAGCUACUCGUGUAAUUUCUUGAAGAGAAGCCGAAUUUAAUCUUCAAAUUUAAAAGCGAAGCUAAAAAAAGCUAUUUUUUGGUUGUUAUACGUAAUAGGCUAAGAGCGGACAACAAUCCUUUAACAUUGUAGCGUGUACUGAUUUUAAAUGUAUCAAUCUAAUUGGGUAUGUAGCACUGAAUGUCACUUGUGACAGUAAAAGCAAAGGUGAUUUGAGGGUUCUCAAAUCCCCUAGAAUACAUAAAUUAUGGAGAUACAACUGUAAAGAGAUCAUUACAAAGGCAGCUGCUUCUAGGUACCAAGUACCAAAACAGACAACGCUAUCAAUAAACUUUACUAGUGUAUUGCCAUACUGGUUCCCUAAUUGGAGUAUGUUCAAACUGUUUACACUGAGACAAACUAACCCUACUCCUUCUCAAUUAAUUUAACAGGUACAUGCUAAAUCAAUGCAAAUAUUUCCAUUAUGACAUUUUGAAUUAUGUUGAAUCAUGCCGUUUGAGUCUAAAAAUAAAACUGGCCAUAUAACCUGUGUGGAACGUUAAACAUCUCAGGAUCAGAUGAAUGGCCUGCCAUUUUAUUUAAGUGAGAUUCAUUCUUUUGGUAUCUUUCAGCAGAGUAGUUUAACAAAGUUUGAUCAUGCCAAGAAGUAAUCCCCCAUAUUUCUUUAUUUCUGUACACUGCCAGGUACAUGUAACUUCUAAUUGAGUGACUUAAGAGCAUACACUAAAUUGAUAAAAUCUUGCUGUUAAUUCAAAAAAGUGGGCAAUCUUGAAGCAAGAAAACCAGGUGAAAGGACUGGAAGCAUAUCUAUUAAUGCAUCAACCAGUCACUUAUUAGUCACUUAAGAAAAAUAUCCAAAUCAGGACAUUCUGACAGUACAGUAUUUCUUCAUUUAUUUUAUUUUUGACAGCAUCCUGAUAUUUACGAUUACCAUUUGUAAUCUGUUCAUGUCAUGGAUUACCUUGUAUUAUUUCUGGGUGGGGAUGGAUCAUUUUCUCAGACAGCCAUAGUGAAUUCAACCAUUGUGGAUGUCACCUCACUAACCAGACACAUUGGUAUAAAAAAAAAAAAAACUUGAUUAAACUCAAAUGAAAGAUACUCUUUGCAUUCAGAUAUCAUGUUUGUAAUAUCACUUGAAUAUAGCUUUCCCUAUGCAUUUUUUAGAUUUGUCUAUAGAUCAUUUAAAAAUGAAUUUAUAUUGUACAGUAAAACCUGAUUAAUUAGUGUGCCAUAGUCAAAAAUGUUUAUACUAUUCAAUUUUCUGGUUAACCUGGUUUCUUCCCAUCUGAACAUAAGCAAUGCCAAUUACUGUAUGCAGAUCAGUUAAAUGCACAGUAUCAGUGUCUGUAGAAAUCUGUUGAGCAUGUACUAAAACAGUAAGACUAUUUUUCUUUCUUUCUUUCAUUUAGGACUUCCUGUGAUGUGUAGUUGAACAGUCUAAGAAGUAGCAACUUUGUCACAUAAAGAAUGCACAGCUGAUUUUUUUAUUUUUAUUUUUUGGUCAUUUUUGUUUGUUCGUUUCUUUGUUUUAUUCGGUCUUCAGCAAGCACCACCUAUGCCUAAAUCCCAACUCUGCAUUAUUUUGAAUAAUGCAUUGCAUUCGCCUGAGUUCAAGUAUCCCAAACUGUAGCAUAGAGGGAAAAUAUUAAUGAAAAAAUUGAAAAAUGACAUAGUUCUACUCAGCUGACCCGCACUUUAUAAUUUGUUUUUACACACACAAAAAAAGAAAUAGGGAAGAAACGGCUUCUGAGCAAGAAAUUACAUUUAAUGGAUUGACCUGGCCUUGCAAAAGGGUUAUAGUACAAGGGAGCAUCUGAGAUUCAAGUGCCAGUGUUGCUAGGCAUGGCAUUCACAAUGCUGGCACUAUAAAAAAUAAUAAUUUAUUGGGACAGUUUUUGUACUGCCAUUCAAUUUGACAUGAGUGUGCCUUGAAUACUGAUCUUCCUAUUUAUUGUCUCUUGAGACAAAUGAAACUCUUUUGUGAAGCAAAUGGAGUGAAAAAAGAAAGGUAUCAAUUACUCAACAUAGUUCUAAUUUGCGUGUAAGAUUCCAUUAGAAUAUCAGAAAUAAUUUCUAAAAGGAAAUGAACGAGGCAUUUAGAUUUUAAAAAAGUACCCAGCACAACAUUUAUGUGUCUGUGUGUGUAUAUAUGUAUGCAUAUGUACAUAUAAAGGCACAAACAUAUAUAUUGAAUUCUUCACUUCAGGACAAGACUGCGUCCCUCGAUAGAAAAAUCGCCGGAGUGGAUUGUUAUGCCACAGAUAGUCAAGGAAGAGACUGGACAAAAAUCAGGAACAGCAGAAACUUAAAAAAAAAAAAGAAUUUAGUGCACUCUGUCUUAAAAAUACGUUUACAGUAUUGAAACAAGUACAAGGGUAAAAUAAUAUUUGUGUGUAUGUGUGUUUUAAACAAACAAGUAUUUUUUUUUUUCCAAAUUUGCUUAUAAAGUUUCUCUGAAUGCCAUAGUGGCUAUGUGUAUAUUGGUUUUUUGGUGACGGGGUUUUAGUAUAUAAAUAUAUAUAAAUAUAUAUUACAUUUUUCUUGUUUACUGUAAAAGUAUACCAGUAUUUGUAAUAUUGGAGAAUGCCUGGGCAUUUUACAAAAAUAGAAAAAAAAGUUUUUUUUUUAAUUUUUAUUUUGCAGUUCAAUUUGAAUUGUGGGUCUAUUAAAAUGUUUUUGUCACUGUAACUGUAAAAGUCUUGAGUUUUAGUAAAACGUUCAUUCUGCCUUGGGUGUAAAAAAUAAAAAUAAAUGAAUAAAAAAAACCGAACUGUAAAGAAAUCUUGGGGGGCAAUGGGGCCAGCUACAUGUAGAGAAAAUCCCUGGUAGAAAAUAUUGCAUAUUGUUAUUGCUUUGCAGGAAGAUACUGACAUUCCUGACCUGUACCUAUUUUUCUUCUUCUGGAAUGGAUAUUCUUAAUGGCUGGUUUAAAUACUUGUGUAGGCACUUGCUGUCUUUUUACUGGAGCUUGUAUUUUUUAACUUGUAUGCGCAUCCUUUGUGAGAAAAGGUACUGUGGGUACCUCAUGUCAUUUUCUUUUUGGAGGGGUGGGGUGGGGUUAGGGUAAAUCAAUGAAAAAAAACAUUCAAGAUACAACACACAAGCUGCCACAAUAUAUUUUUUUAAUUUGGCAGGAUAAAAUAGUGCAAAAAAAAAAAAAAAAAAAAUUCUGAAGAAUUUGUAUUCUUAAAAGGAGUCAUAUUGUACAGAAGGGGUUAAAAGGCUGUCUGACAGCCUUUUUAUCUACAAAAAAUACAAAGGUAAAUGUUUUGUUUACUAUUAUAUUGGUUGUAAAUAUUUUUUAUGAUGACCCUGUUCUUAUUUUGGUUUACUUUUUUUUUUUUUUGUUUAUACGUGUUCUGGUUGGCCCUGACAGCGCUCUCUGCUUUCUGGGCCACCUCUGACCUUUUCUCUUCAUUUAAAGAGUGUGAAGCCUCAUUUUUUACUGCCACCUGCCCUUGAGUUUUCUCAGCAUGAAAUGCGUAGAGCACAAAUACAAGCUGUUCCAACUCUCUCA